GAUGGCUGCAGAGAAGAGGGCCGGAAGUGCUGCCGCUGGCGGUAGCUGGAGCUCUGAAAUCAUGGACCGGGUUCUGCCAAUGUUGUUGGUGCCGGUACCAGCCGAGGCAACGGGACGUCUGGGUUCCCGAGCGCAACUGCACAGAGAGCAGGAGGUUCUGGCGAGCCUGACGGCUGCAGGCAGCCUUCAAGUGCUUUCCUUAACGCCAGGCGGCCGGGACGGGGGCGGCUGCAGCCUCGGCGGCCCAUUUCGGCACUUUGUAUGGGAGGAUUCACAUAACGGCAUACCAACAGACAAGCCCAGACUGCUCGCUGUUAGUGAGAAUUAUGAAUUGUUCAUCUAUGAAUUUAAUCUGAAAGAUGGAAGGUGCGAUGCUACCAUUUUUUAUAGCUGUAGUGAAGAGGCAUUGCAAAAACUCAUUGAAGAUCAAAAUAUCAGUACUUCCUUAUUAUCUUUGAGAAUUCUGUCCUUUCAUAAUAACACGUCAUUACUGUUCAUCAACAAAUAUAUCGUCCUACACCUUCAGUUUCCUGAAAGAGGUGCUGAAAUUGGAGUACUCAGCUGUUUCACAUUACCCUUGCCUGCACAGGUGGUUGACAGGAUUGUUGACAUGCAGCUCUGCAGAGGAAUUCUUUUUGUUUUGAGUAGCUUAGGUUGGAUCUACAUUUUUGACACCGUGGGUGGUACUCACGUAGCUCACGUGGACUUAGCACUUCACCAAGAAGACACGUGCUAUGAGCAGCAAGGGCAGCCGGCCCCAGUUUCUUCCUUUACCUCACUGAAAGUGUCUCAAGACCUAGAUGUUGCAGUGGUUGUCAGUGCCUCCAAUUCUGCAGUUGCUGUGAACUUAAAUUUGUAUUUCAGGCAGCACCCAGGACACCUACUAUGUGAGCGAACUCUAGAAGACCUUCCUCUUGAAGGACCUAAGGGGAUAGAUGAAGACGAUCCUGUUAACUCCAACUACAACAUGAAACUGACCAAGUUCUCCUUCCAAGUUGAUAGGUCUUGGAAAGCUCAGUUAUCAUCACUCAGUGAAACUAUAAGCAGCUCCAAACUGGAGGCUUCCCAUUGUGCUCCAUGGUUUCAAGAUAUUUUACAUUUGGAGUCCCCUAAGUCCGAUAGCCACAGUACCAGUCUGCCAAGCUGGCCCUUCAUUCCAAGUGACAUAAUGCACGGCCAGUAUAAUUUCCCACAGAAAGAUGAUGCCGAGAUCAGUGAUCCAGGAAGACUAUGGAAGAUACUGCACGUCCGUGAGCAAGAGGAGCCCAUUAAGCUCAGAUGCGUAUCUGUGACAGGAUUCACAGCUCUGUUUUCUUGGACGGUGGAACGGACAGGCUGCACCAUUGUCCUGUGGGAUUUGGAAACCCAGGCCAUGCAGUGUUUUGCCCUUGGCAAAAAGUGCAUUCCUGUAGAUAGUAGUGGAGAGCAGCAGCUGUGCUUUGUUUUGACAGAAAAUGGAUUGUCUCUGAUUCUGUUUGGUUUAACACAAGAGGAGUUUUUAAAUAAACUAAUGAUCCAUGGAAGUGCCAGCACUGUGGACUCUCUUUGCCAUCUCAAUGGUUGGGGAAGGUGCUCGAUUCCCAUACACGCCCUAGAGGCUGGGGUAGAAAAUCGUCAGCUGGACACAGUAGAUUUCUUUUUGAAGAGCAAAGAAAAUCUUUUGAAGCCAUCCUCAAAAUCUUCUAUGCCUGACCAGCUUGAUAACUUUCCAUCUGAUUUAUAUUUGAAAAAUGUAGAAGAGCUGACACCAGCGUUGGAUUUACUCUGCUCGGCAAUUAGAGAAAGCGACUCUGAAACCCAAAGCAAACACUUUUCAGAGCAACUGCUUAACCUUACACUAUCCUUUCUUAACAAACAAAUAAAGGAACUUUUUAGUCACAAUAAAGCUUUAGAUGAACAUCUUCAGAAAGGAGUGGACAUUCUGACCAAAUAUAUUAAUGAACUUCGCACCUUCAUGAUAAAGUUUCCUUGGAGGCCAAUAGCUGCUAUAGAUGAAUGUGAUGUAAAUGCGAAUGCCUCUCUAGUAAGGGAGAGCAAUGUGUGGGAGAAACUCAAUACUGAGGAUGUUAUUGCCAGUGCUAUUUUAAACAACAAAAUACCAGAGGCACAGACAUUCUUCAGAAAUAAUGGUCAUUCUGCUCAAAAACUGGAGGAACUAACUAGAAUAGGCCUAGAUUUGGUCUUUGACAGCUUAAAGAAGAACAAUAUCAAGGAAGCCUCAGAACUUUUGAAGAAUAUGGGCUUUGACGUAAAAGACCAGUUGCUCAAGAUAUGCUUCUAUACCACUGAUAAAAAUAUACGGGACUUUUUGGUUGAAAUCUUAAAAGAUAAAAAUUAUUUUUCUGAAAAAGACAAGAGAACGAUAGAUAUCGUGCAUCAAGUUGAGAAGUUUUACUCAGGACAUUUCCAGGAAAACGUGCAGAUCCAGUCUUUUCCCAGGUUUUGGAUAAAGGAGCAAGAUUUUUUCAAGCACAAAUCUGUUUUGGACUCAUUUCUGAAAUAUGACCAUAAAGAGAAAUUUAAUCAACAGGACCAUAGAAUUGUGUUAAGUUGGGCACAGUGGUGGGAUCAGCUAACACGAGAAUCCAUCCUUCUCCCCAGGAUAAGUCCUGAAGAAUACAAGGCAUAUUCCCCUGAAGCCCUCUGGAGAUACCUCACAGCUCGCCAUGACUGGCUAAGCAUUACUUUGUGGCUUGGAGAAUUUCAGACCCAGAAUAAUUUCGCUGCAGUUCAGCAGAGCAGGUGGCCCCCUCUGACUGUUGACGUUAUUGAUCAAAAUACCUGCUGCAACAGCUACGUGAAGAAUGAAAUUUUAGAUAAGCUGGCCAGUAGGAAUGGAAUUUUUCUUACAUCUGAGCUAGAAGACUUUGAACUCUUCCUCCUAAGGCUGAACCGUAUUGGUGGUGUGAUGCAAGAUACUCUCCCUGUGCAAAAUUACAGAUCCAAAGAAGGCUGGGACUUCCAUUCUCACUUCAUUCUUUAUUGUUUGGAACAUAGUUUGCAGUAUCUUCUUUACAUCUAUCUUGACUAUUACAAACUUAGUCCUCAAAAUUGUCCAAUUUUAGGAAAAAAAGAAUUACAUGAAGCUCACCCUUGGUUUGAAUUUUUAGUUCAGUGUCGACAAGUUUCCAGUAAUUUAACAGAUUCCAAGCUCAUCUUCCAGGCUAGUCUUGCAAAUGCUCAGAUACUGAUUCCCAGCAAUCAGGCCAGUGUAAGCAGUAUGCUGUUGGAAGGACAUACCCUCCUAGCUCUUGCUACUACGAUGUUCGCUCCUGGAGGUGUCAGCCAGGUUGUUCAGAAUGAAGACAAUGAGACCAGUUUGAAGAAAGUGGAUCCCCAGUUACUAAAGAUGGCACUGACUCCUUAUCCAAAGCUCAAAACUGCUCUCUUCCCCCAGUACACGGCGCCUAGUGUCCUGCCACCAGAUAUUACACUUUACCAUCUCAUGCAGUCAUUAUCACCCUUUGAUCCUAGCAGAUUGUUUGGCUGGCAAUCUGCCAACACACUAGCAAUAGGAGAUGCAGCAAGUAGCCUCCCACAUUUCUCCAGCCCUGAGCUUGUUAACAAAUACGCUAUAGUGGAACAUCUGAAUUUCGCUUAUUAUUUACAUCAUGGACGACCAUCGUUUGCCUUUGGUACCUUUCUGGUUCAAGAAUUAACUAAAAGCAAGACUCCUAAGCAACUGAUCCAGCAUGUAGGCAAUGAAGCCUAUGUUUUAGGACUCUCCUCCUUUCAUAUACCUUCAAUAGGCGCUGCCUGCGUUUGCUUCUUGGAAUUGCUUGGCCUCGACAGCCUCAAGCUCAGAGUUGAUAUGAAAAUAGCCAACAUCAUUCUGAACUACAAGUGUAGAAGUGAAGAUGUUCAAUACAGUUUUAUCAGAGAGUCUCUAGCUGAAAAGCUAAUUAAGCUGGCUACAGGAGAGAAGGCUACUGGAGAGGAACUGCUUGUUCUCUUAGAAGAAGGUAUAUGGAACAGCCUUCAGCAACAGGAGACUAAGAGGUUAUCCAGUGAAUCUAGCAGCCAGUGGUCAUUAGUGGUGCAAUUCUGCAGGCUCCACAAUAUGAGCUUGAGUACAUCUUACCUUCAGGAAUGUGCGAAAGCAAAUGAUUGGCUACAGUUCAUUAUUCACAGCCAACUCCAUAGUUACCACCCAGAGCAGGUGAAAGCUCUCCUGCCGCAUUUCAGUCCCGUCCUUCAAGACCACUUAAAGCUGGCUUUCGAGAACUUACCCUCAGCGUCCAGCUCCACAAGGAACAGUGAUCAGGUCUGCAACACGUCUCCCCAGGAACUCCAGAAAAACAAAGAAGAGACGACCGAUUUUUUCGAAAUUCUGCUUCAAUGCUCAGAGGAGCCAAACUCUUGGUGCUGGCUCCUGGCUGAAGCAGUGAAGCAACAGACUCCUGUCCUCAGUGUCCUGGCCUCAUGUCUCGAGGGUGCUAGUGCUAUUCCUUGUCUCUGUGUUUGGAUCAUCACUUCAGUGGAAGACAGUGUUGCAGCUGAAGCAAUGGGACACAUUCAGGGCUCUGUAGAGGGACACACCUGGGACCUGGAAGACCUUACAAUCAUCUGGAAAAUAUUAUUAACAAGGAAGAAGAGCAAAACUCUCAUCAGAGGCUUCCAGCUUUUCUUUAAGGAUUCCCCAUUACUAUUGAUGAUGGAGAUGUACGAGCUCUGUAUGUUUUUCAAGAAUUAUAAGGAAGCUGAAGUUAAACUUGCGGAAUUUCAGAAGAGCCUUGAAACUCUUGAAAUGACGGGCACCAGUGUCCACGUAACCAUUCCUGCCCCAUGGCUGAAGCAGCAGGCGUGUUUUCUUUUAAAACUUAUGUUACAGCAGUGCCGGACCCAGUAUGAGCUGGGGAAGCUCUUACAGCUGUUUGUUGGAGUAGAACAUCUCUUCUCUGAUGGUCCAGAUGUGAAAAAACUGUGUGUUCUUAGCCAAAUGUUGAAGGAUACAUCUAUAGCCAUUAAUCAUACAACUAUUACCAGCUACAGCCUUGAGAACUUUCAGCAUGAAUGUAGAUGUAUUCUGGAACAACUAGAGACAUGUGGGCAGUUUGCUUUGGCCAGGAGAGUAGCAGAACUAGCUGACUUACCUAUAGACCACUUGGUUAUUGAAGAGAUAACACAAGAGAUGCAGACCUUAAAACACACUAACCAGUGGUCCCUGAAACAAGCAAGAAUAGAUUUCUGGAAACAGUGCCACGAGAAUUUUAAGAAAAACUCCAUUUCAAGCAAAGCAGCGUCUUCCUUUUUCUCAGCCCAGGCCUUGGUGGCAUGUGAGCUGGUGGCUGGGGAGCGCCUUCUGUUGCUCACCAUGGCAGGGCACUGGCUCGCCCGGGAGGACCCCGCGCCUCUGGACCAGCUGGAGGAGCUGGAGAAGCAUAUCUGGCUCUGCCGCAUCACCCAGCACGUCGCGGCAGAAAGCCCAGAGGAAACAGAGCCCAGGUUUUCUCGACAAAUCUCAACUAGUGGAGAACUUUCCUUCGCCAGCUUAGCCAGUGAGUUUUCUUUCUCCAAACUGGCAGCUCUAAACACAUCAAAAUACUUAGAACUGAAUGGCCUUCCAUGCAGAGAGACCUGUGAGAACAGACUCAACUGUAAGGAGCAGGAGUCCCUAAACUCAUGGGUGGGGCACCUCUUGGAUGGCGGCUGUGUGCACGAAGCAAGUAGAGUGUGCCGGUACUUCCACUUCUAUCACCAAGAUGUAGCCUUGGCGUUGCACUGCAGAGCCCUGGCUUCAGGGGAGGCUGAUGUUGAUGGCCUGCACCCAGAGAUCCAAGCUCUGCUCCAGCGUCCUGAACUGCCUGAAGAAGAAGAACCCAGCCCUCCUCUAAGGAAAGCCCAAAGCACCUCAAGUCUGGAUAGUCAGUCAUUUGUGAUGCUGCCGCCCAGUGAUGAAGUAGUGACGAACCUGGAAACUCUGAUGAGCAAGUGUGUCCACGGGAAGAACUACUGCCGCCAGGUCCUCUGUCUCUAUGAACUUGCGAAGGAGUUGGGCUGUUCCUAUGCAGAUGUUGCCACCCAGGAUGGGGAAUCCAUGCUCCGGGCAAUCUUGGCUUCUCGGCGGCCUGACCGAUGUAGGCAUGCGCAGGCCUUCAUCAGCUCCCAGGGCCUUGAGCCAGACACAGUGGCUGAACUUGUGGCUGAAGAGGUGACACGGGAACUGCUGAGCCCGUCAGAGGGAACAGGAAGCAAACAGCUCUUCACCCCAGCCGAGGGAAGCCAUGCGUUUCUCCAGCUGACUGCUUUGUGUCAGGACCGCACAUUGGUAGGCAUGAAGUUACUGGACAAGAUUUCUUCCGUUCCUCACGGGGAGCUGGCGUGCACCACAGAGCUGCUGAUCCUGGCCCAUCACUGCUUCACACUGACAUGCCACAUGGAGGGCAUCAUCCGGGUCCUGCAGGCUGCCCGGCUGCUCACAGACAACCAUUUGGCUCCCAAUGAGGAAUAUGGACUUGUGGUGCGUCUCCUCACUGGCAUUGGCAGGUAUAACGAGAUGACAUACAUAUUUGAUUUGCUGCAUAAAAAGCACUACUUUGAAGUCCUGAUGAGGAAGAAGUUGGAUCCGAGCGGCACCUUGAAGACAGCACUGCUCGAUUACAUCAAGCGCUACCGCCCUGGGGACAGUGAGAAGCACAACAUGAUCGCCCUCUGCUUCAGCAUGUGCCGGGAGAUCGGGGAGAACCACGAGGCGGCCGCCCGCAUCCAGCUGAAACUGAUAGAGUCUCAGCCCUGGGAGGACAACCUCAAGGAUGGACACCAGCUGAAGCAGCUGCUGCUGAAGGCCCUGACCCUCAUGUUGGAUGCCGCGGAGAGUUACGCUAAGGACUCCUGUGUACGACAGGCCCUACACUGUCACCGGCUCACCAAGUUGAUAACACUGCAGAUUCAUUUCCUGAACACUGGCCAGAACACAAUGCUCAUCAACCUGGGCCACCACCAACUGAUGGACUGCAUCGUGACGCUACCUCGCUUCUACCAGGCUUCCAUUGUGGCUGAGGCCUAUGACUUUGUUCCUAAUUGGGCUGAAAUUCUAUAUCAGCAAGUGAUUCUUAAAGGAGAUUUUAAUUACUUAGAAGAAUUUAAGCAGCAAAGGUUACUAAGAUCCAAUAUAUUUGAAGAGAUUUCAAAGAAGUAUAAACAGUAUCAGCCUACUGACACAGCUGUGAAAAACCUGAAGAAGUUACUCACUUAUUGUGAAGAUGUCUACCUGUAUUACAAGUUGGCGUAUGAACACAAAUUCUACGACAUUGUAAAUGUGCUGCUGAAGGACCCGCAGACAGGCUGUUGUCUGAAGGACAUGCUAGCAGGUUAGAGGGGCGCAACUAGAUUCUUUUGUUUAGGUGUUUGUUUGAGAGUGGAGUUGCUGGGGAUCCCCAAAUUCUAAAAAACAACCCCAGUGCUGAGCCUACCAGUCCUCUGUGAAACGGGUAAAGGAUGAUAGAUCUCUCACAAGGAAACUUCUUUAAAACUGAUUGUUGAACUAUGUCUCUGUAUGUAUUAGAGUGUUCCUCAGGAUGGUUUGUACUUUAAGAGAUGAAACAAUAUUGGGUAAAGAACACCUGUGUCUGCAGAUUCCAGUUUCAAAGGAAUUUAAUAUUAUUUACACAGUUAAGGAACAGAUGAUACAUUUCCAUUUGUUAGAAACUGAUCUCUAUAAUAAAAUAGACUCUAAAUUCAGUGUCAUUAUUACUAAGGGAAACAGCCCAUGUCUGCCUUAAAACCAUCAUUAUUGCUGUGCAGUCACUGUUUUCAGUUAGUUCCUCAAAGCAUUUAGAUGGUCCUGUCUUCCACUUAGUGGUCUUAGAGCUUUCACUGAGGAUCCUAUUUCCUAUAUAAGAGAAAUUAAAAAACAUUUUUGUUCUGUCCCUACUUUUGAUUCUGUGAUUGUUUAAAAAAAAAGAAAAA